ACAAGUGAUGUAAUGCUAAAGUUCUCAAAGUUUGAUCUGACGACCGAAACGAACAUCUUGGAUUACCUGAGGUUUCAUGAAGAAACACAUAUCACACUAAUUUGUUUGAUGUGGGCAUUGACAUUUUGUUAGCUGAAUUUCUUAUCAUAUAUGUUGUUGGCAAGAUGUACAGUUCAUUUGUAUUCCUUCCAAAUUUCUUUUUACACAGUAAAAUAAAAGUAAAUGUUUUUGUAAACACAAGCAUUUGAGUGACCAGUAUACAAUCGGGAUGCUCAAAGUUCAUGACCUUCAGCCUUAAUGUUUAUUGUGGGUUAGUCACAUAAUCUCUCACAGUGUACAGUUGUGUAAUAGAUGUGUCAUGUCUGAGCUACACAAUGACCUGCCUUUAGUAGGCCACAAUAGUGUUGUUAACUAAAACCAUUUCAUUAAAAUAUAAAUGUUAGAUAAAGGAAGUAAUUAGAAAUGUUGCCUUGGCAACUAACAGAAAUAAAAUGUUUAAGUACUAAAAUUACUAAGACUAAAACUGAAAUGACAAAAGCACAAAAUAAUAUAUAAUAAUAUAAUGUAUAAAUAAUCCUAACAUAAUUUUUUAUUUGAAAUGUAAAUUAUUUCCAUGCUCAAUGAUUCAACUCAUCUCUUGACAGUUUAUCCCUAAUGUAGAGCAAGUUGUCACCAUGCCACUUGUUUGGAGAAGUCACAUUUGUUGAUACUUUCUUCUAAGUUGAUAGCAGAUAUCCUGAACUAUAAUUGGCUGUAUUAAUUGCUGUAUUACCUUUAUCUAAUUUCUCAUAUUUACUAGAAAAUGUGAGAUCCUGUGGCCUUUUGUGAAGAUAUUAAAGUGGCCAUGUUAAGCUAGUGGAUCGUUUUUCUUGGAUAGUUUACAAAAAACGGCCUCUAGGAUGUGCUGUUUCUGAUGUUCUGUGUCCAGAAAUAUCAGUACAAAACAUGCCUUUUAUACAUCAUCCCAAAGCCACAUAAUCCAUGGACUGUAGUUAGAAAGCAGCAGUCUUAGCGCGGCCAAAAACAUUGAAAGUGACAGUCUGUGUAGGUAUGUUUGUUAUCGUUUUUUGGGAACACAAACGAGAGAACAGCUUAUCCACAGCAGCAUGUUAUUUCUGCUGCAUCCAAUUAACCUUCCACUAAUCCAGUGGCUUGUGGAGCCAGCAGUGGAUCAUGGUCAAAUACAGGCUAUCAAAGUGUGGAAAGUCACUCUAGAUGUGCAUGUGAGUAUCAAAGUCGGCUAAAAAUAAAAGCGAUAAGAGUAAUAGUGGUACACGGCAGUAAAACUCUGAUACAAAAGUCCUCAAUGGACAAACAGGCAUCAGCUGUGUUGAGUGCUGCUAUGCUCAUUCUUGGAUGAAAAUUUAUGGUGCAUCAGUUGGGAAAUAUACUGCAUUGAUUCCUCUGACAGUAAGAUUACUGUUCAGCACAUGUAACUGUGAAAGGGGAGGGAGGAGUUGAGAGAGAGAGAGAGACAGAAAGAGACUGAAAGAGACUAAGGGGAUUAGGAGCCUUCUCUCGAAACAGUGCCCAUGCCAGUCAGAGCAUUUUCCGAUGGAGGUCCUUCAUCUUCACUUUGAACUAUUGGCGAAUUCUCUAACAAGAGACAGAUUGGAUCACAGAGCAAGUCAAGUGAAGAAAAAAUGGGAUGGUUUAGGUUAAAAAAACGAAUCUUCGGUAUGUAUAUGAUAAUCAGAAACCAAGGCUGGACUAAAGUGCAACCGGUUCUUGAAGAGCAGAAGAUAUGAUAUCUAAAAGGUGCCUCUAAGAGAUCUUUAACUUCUGGUUCCAGUGGUUUUCCUCGCUUCAUACUAUUACUUGCAUCGAUAACUGGUUUUUAGGAUUACCAUUCACUAUGUGACAGUCUCAUUCUGGAUCCGACACAAUUUUUGCUUUUCUGUUCCACCUGUUGGAUAGUUAAAUGGUGCUAAUAACUGAGAAUGGUGUUGCAGGAGGUGUACUUCUGGUUAAAGAUCACCAACACGGCACCGGCCACAACCAAGCGAGAGGCUGGAACAAUGAGGAGUCCUCCAUACAGAGCUCCACUUUUGUGGAGCCGACAGAGGACUCUUAUUAUGCAGAUGAUGAAGACCACCAUCUUUAUGAUGAGGAUGACGACGACGAUGACGUCUAUCAAGAAUUCGAGGAGUUGGAUUUUUCAGAACUACCAGAUACCAAGAGCAUUACAUCAGAUGAUUCCUUCUACCCACCUGAUGAUUCACUCAACUUUGAAAAAUAUCAGGAUCCUGAGAGCCCCGAGCCAAUCAGCUUCUUUAAAGCGUGCUGCUCUAACAAUGCUAUCAUCGUCAAAAUCAUGAUAAGACAAGGUGUGACGGAGGAGGAGGUGCGAGAGAUGGACAAAAAUAACAGAACGGGUCUGAUAGUGGCGUGUUACCAGGGCUACGUGGAUGUGGUCAUUGCACUCUCGCAGUGUCCAUAUGUGGACGUGAACUGGCAGGAUAACGAAGGGAAUACGGCUCUCAUGACUGCUGCACAAGCAGGUCACAGUAUGAUUACCAACUACCUGCUGAACUACUUUCCCGGGCUUGACACUGAGCGCAGGAACUGCCAUGGCUUCACUGCGAUGAUGAAAGCAGCCAUGCAGGGUCGAGCCGAAUGCGUACGGUCUCUCAUGAUGAUAGGAGGAGACAUUGAAGCAAGGGACUUUGGCCGUAAGCUGACUCCACGGGAAUGGGCUCUGUUCACGGGCCGCUACGAGACCGCCAGACUGAUGGCCCGACUGAUGGAGCAGCCGUGUGCCGAACAGUUCUGUGACUCUUACCACAUGGAGUGGCCUAUGCUAAGCGAACUGGAAGCUCGUCCAAAGGAGCCCAAGUCCUGCUGGAGGAAGUUCUCAGAGUGCGUCUGUAAUUUGUUUACCAUCAGCAUGAAGACCAACCCUGUGGACGAAGGCGCCAUGGACUACAUGGUGCGCAUGACCACAGCGCUGGCCAGCCCGUUCAUAGCCACCGCCUGCCACACUGUGUGUCCGGGCAGCCCUCCGUGUGUUGGCAAACGUCGCCCUGCUGUCCAGGACAUCCUCCGUAAACAGCGCUUGGCUAAGCUGAAGAACCUCGGGCCUGAGCGCCUCAUCAACUACAAGCGGCUCUUCCAGAACUCCAGGGUGCUGCUGGUACCGAAGAAGCAGGAGCGGCGUGCCAGUCUGCAGCCACAGUUACUGCAAAGUGUCGCAAUGGCCUCCACCAUGGCCCUGAGGAGAAGCAGCCUCCUGCCGCUUCACAUGAUGCGCAGGAGCAGCGUGCGUCCUGGGAUGGUGGUUCCUAAAGUCAUGCUGUGCAAAGCAGCUUCUCCCACAUUCAUCCCGGAGCGGCCGCCACGCAGGACUUCAAAAGACGUAUCGCACCUACAGAUCCCUAAAUGGAAGUACAAAGCUCUGAAGGAGGAGAAGAAGAAAGCUGAACGCAUGGAUAGGUUGAGACUGCCUGUUGGGAGGAAAAAGUGAUGUGGCUUUUGAUGCCUUAGUGUUUUUAAGAAUGUCUUCCACUGUGAAGACAUGUGAGGGUCAGGAAUACUCAUUGUACACUACUCUUUUAGACUGGUAUGGACUAAAUUUGAUAACAUUUGCUCUUACUGAUACAUUAAGGCGUAAUGAUUCUAAUUUAUAGAAACAGCUAACAUAUUUGUAAUGUGUAGAUUUUUUGGUUCAUUAUCUUAAGCCAAGUCAUACUUGAAAGUUUAUGCAUACUAAUUUCUAUUUUUUAUAUUGCUCUCAAAAGGAGUGUUAUAUAAAAAAAGCUGCUAAAACAUAUUAAACAAAACAAUGAAGUACCUUCAUAACAAUGAAAUACUAUUUGGCCUGGACAUUUUCUCUUCUCUAUUUAUCUCUUUGAAGGUUAUUAAUCCAGGAGUCUGCAUUACAAAACAUUCCUUAGUUUUGUUGACUUUCUAAGAUAUUCGCACAGAAGCUAUUCCCUGUAAAAGUGACUUCUGAUUCAUUGCUGCCAUAGGUAAAUAACUAGAAUAAAAAUAUGCGGUAAUAUUUGCGCUUUUAACCAAUGCA